GAGAGAUUCUCCAACUACUUGAUGAGUACCACAUUCAAGAUUCGAUCGGAUGCUAAAUCGAAUGAAUUUAUUUUCGGUGGCAUGCAUCGGAUCGGUAAAAGAGCGAUAUCAAGGGCGGAAGCUUGGGCGCUAAGGCUGCAGCAAUAUGAUUUCACUGUUGAAAGUAUCCCAGGAAAUGAAAACAUUGCAGAUGCAUUAUCUAGACUGAUAAUAGAAGGAGACCCAACUGAAGCUUUUGAUGACUCGUCUGAAUAUCAUGUGCUAUUCGCAUUGGAAGCAGGAAACAUGGAAUUAAACUGGAACGAGAUCGAAUUGGGAGCUGAAGUAGACAAGGAGCAGAUCGAAGUAAGGGAAUGCAUACAGCAAGGAAAAUGGACAAAGCAGUUACAAGCAUACGAGUGUCAUGCCAAGCAAUUGCGUUUACUCGGAGCUUUGAUAUUCAAAGAAGACCGAGUAAUAUUACCUUAUGGUUUACGAACUAAAGCUUUAGAAUUGGCGCACCAAGGACAUAUUGGUGCUGCCUCGAUGAAACGGAUAUUGAGGAAUCACUUUUGGUGGCCUGGAAUGAGUGGAGAGGUUCAAAAGUAUAUCGAUGGCUGCGAAACUUGCUUGAGGCUCUCGAGAAAAAGCGCGCCACUUCCGCUGACGAGUCGAGAAAUGCCACAAGGACCAUGGGAAAUUCUGCAGAUAGAUUUUUUUUCUGACAAAGAUUUUGGCCUAGGCGAGUUCCUUGUGGUAGUAGAUACCUACUCUAGAUACAUCCAUGUAAUCGAAAUAAGAAGAAUUGAUGCGGAUACAACCAAUGCUGCUCUAUCUAAAAUUUUUGAAGUAUGGGGCUAUCCUUUGGCAAUACAUAGUGACAACGGGCCUCCAUUCCAAAGUGACAAGUUUGUCAAAACUUGGGAAGAGAGAGGCGUGAAGAUACGGAAAUCCAUUCCUCUGAGUGCACAAUCUAACGGUGCCGUAGAGAGACAGAAUUGUGGGAUAAAGAAGGCUUUGGCGGCAGCUCGAAUAGACAAGGUGAAUUGGAGAACAGCUCUUGAGAGAUACGUUCACUCGCAUAACAAAAUUCGCCCUCUAUCUCGUCUGGGAGUCACCCCAUUCGAAUUGUUAGUAGGGUGGAAAUGGCGGGGAACUUUUCCCAGUCUUUGGGAAACCAACGCUGAACGGUCAUUGGAUCGCACUGAUAUUUUUGAAAAAGAUGCAGUAUCAAAACUAAAAAGUAAGAAGUAUGCCGAUAUACGCCGGAACGCAGAGACUUCCGAUGUAAAGGUUGGCGAUAAAGUUUUAGUAACAAUGCAAAGAAAACAGAAAUCAGAUCCAACAUUCUCGGCCGAAAGGUUUAUUAUAGUGGCUAGAGAUGGAGCAAAAGUUGUCAUCCGCAGUGAACGUGGUAUCCAGUACUCCAGAAACGUCCAAGAUGUUAAGAAAUUACCGGAAGGUCUGGAAAGCACUUAUAAUCAAGAGGAAAACGGAGAUGUGAGGUCAUAUGAACAUGAAGAAACAACACACAUGAAUCGGGAUGAUUCUUUAACCGAACUAGAUGUGGAUGUAAGCUUGAACGAUGAUAGUACACAACGGCCAACAAGAACCAUCAAAAAGCCGAACAGAUUCAAGGACAUGGUGCUGUACAGUGUUUUCGAAUAGAAAACUGAAGUCAAGUCAAGAAAAAGACGUUUUUUUCGGAAAUGGUGAAAUGGUGCAGAUUCUCGAGACCAAACAUCGUUUGCUGCAAUGUAAGGUUUAACAAAAC